GCCGGCUGGUCAAAGGAGGUGGGCGGGGCCGUUAGUUUUCUUUGGCUGACUGGACAACCAAGUGCCUCCUCUUGAGUCUGAUGAGCGAACAACUGAUUACUCAAAGACCAUCACCUUCUUCUCAAAGCAUUGCAAGCGGCCAUGCAUUUGCACACGGUGCCAACAGUGGUGGUCACAAGGCUACAUCUCCUAUGCAACUGUUUGAACUCUGGCUGAAUUCAGAGGAUGUUCAUCGGCUGUUAAGAGGAGACAACAAAGCCUGAAGAAGCUCACAACCAACAAGAAAUAGAAACUAAAUGUGGAUAACUAAAACUAUAUUUUCCUUUUUAGAAGUACAUCUGAUAUACUCCAAGAAGUCAGUCAUGUUCAAAAGGAAGGAUCCAGAAAAACUAGUCCUGGUGUCAGACGUGAGGAGCUCAUACACUCUGGGAAGCGGGCCAAACCAGGAGGCGUUACAGAUAGAAGGCGCCGGUGGCAUCAAGCAUUGCCAUGACAACAGCCGUGCACAGGAGGACCGUGAACGAGAAAAGAAAGUCGCCAGGAGGAGGUUGUAUGUGGUCACUUCCGUCUGCCUGGUUUUCAUGAUUGGUGAAAUCCUUGGUGGGUAUUAUGCGGGCAGUCUUGCAGUGAUGACAGACGCUGCCCACCUGCUUGCAGACUUAAUCAGCUUCCUCAUCAGCCUGUUGUCCCUCUGGCUCUCCUCCAGACCCGCCACACACAAGCUCAGCUUUGGCUGGCAUCGUGCAGAGAUUCUGGGUGCUCUGCUGUCAGUUUUCACUAUCUGGCUGGUAACAGGAGUGUUGGUUUACCUGGCUGUGGAGCGCCUCAUCAACAAUGACUUCACCAUCGAGGGCACUAUCAUGCUCAUUACCUCCGGUUGUGCUGUGUUUGCUAAUAUUGUCAUGGCCCUGGUGCUUCACCAGUCUGGCCACGGGCACAGUCAUGGGGGUCUCAGCUCGCACGGGCACGGGCACGGGCACGGGCACGGGCACGGUCACGGUCACAGUCACAACACAGGAAACGGACACAAUCAGAUCUCAAACCACUCAUACCAGAAUGGUGACCAUGCUGACGCGGCGCAAAACACUUCUGGACGGAGGGCUCAGCAGAACAAUGCCAGCGUGCGAGCGGCCUUUGUCCACGUGGUGGGAGAUCUUCUGCAGAGCAUCAGCGUGCUCAUCAGCGCCAUCAUCAUCUACUUCAAGCCAGAAUAUAAGAUCGCUGACCCCAUCUGCACCUUCCUGUUCUCCAUAUUUGUCUUGUGCACCACAUUCACCAUCUUGAAGGAUAUUCUUGUUGUCCUGAUGGAAGGCACUCCAGGAGGGGUGAAGUACGAAGAGGUGCGGAAUGGUCUGGUAGCAGUGAAGGGAGUGACGGCGGUCCACAACCUUCACAUCUGGGCCCUCACCAUGAACCAGGCUGUACUGACUGCACACGUAGCCAUAGACGAGACGGUGGAUGCUCAGACUGUCCUGAGAGAAAUGACGCAGGCUUGUUUCUCCAACUACAACUUCCACUCUGUUACCAUUCAAAUGGAGAGACAGGCGGAUCUGAAGCCUGGAUGUAACCUGUGUGAGGAGCCCAAGAAGUAGCAACCUGCUUAAAAGAUUGUAUCGGAUCCCAGCAGAAUAGGGCAAAAUGACUAACUUGUGAUGAUGAACACUAUUUAGGUGUUCUGCACUUCUCGUUAUGGUAAUGCUGUGACAUUAAUGCCAAAGUCAUAUGACUGUGCCUUUUGUGGUGACAUUCCCAAAUAACUAUGUUGAAUUAAGAAAGAGCAUGUGUCUGAAUGAAAGGCGAGCUUGCACAUGAAUUUUGGAAGGAAAGUUCCCUUUCCACAUCCUCCCCCCAGGUGAACUUUGAACUUGUCUUAAUAUUCCUGAGUUGUCUUUGCACUCAGGAAUAUUAAGUGUUUUCAUGAUAAAAUAGACCUCACAAUGCUCCGUAUGAACUAACUGUUCAUCCUUUAUUAAAUGUAUACAUGUUAUAUCGUGUUAGUACCUUUUCAUUUAUACUUCUCACUAUCCUAAAUGCACAUUAUAAUUACUUUGUUUGUUUGAGUAUUACCUAAGACAUGAGGUACAUCCAUUUGCACACAACCAGGUAUGUAAAUAUAGAUCAAUGAAUGUUUCUAUGCAUUGACUAUUACACCAGCAAUCUCAGAAGUACUGUAUGUGGAGAGCAUUAGGUGUAGUUUUCUACAAAUGCCUUUGUUCAGUUGUAAGGUCAAAUUAAUUAUUCAAUAAAAUAUUCCCUUUUCAAAUACUCUGUCUUAUGAGUCUUGCGCUUUAAAAUCUAAUUUACAAUGUCAUGAAAUCCUUCUUGAUGAAGCACUGUAUCCGUUUAACCCCUCACUAUCAACAGCAGCUCCUCUGUUGCUGGGCAACAAUCGCACACAUGGAUGUCAUGUUGAUCCCUGUUAACAGCCCCCCCCCCCCCCCCCACCU